CCGCGAUGCGAUGGGGUCAGAGGUCGAUGCCAGAGAUCGGCUCCAGUACCGUUUCGGUACCAUUUCCUGCGCGCGCCAGCAUCGCGGCAGACAGUGACCCCGCUGUCACCUUCACUUGGCUGCGAGGAAGCCCGGGGACGUCCGCGGCGACGCCCGCAUCACCGCGAGGCAGCGCGCCGUGCACGGGCGGGCGAGACGGGGGGAGAGCGACGCUCGCAUCACCUCGUCUGCCGCACUCUGUCAGUCAAUCUGCGGCUACCGCACUGGGAGAAUUAUCUGCACCGUCGCGCUCUCUUAGGAUGCUCUCCCUGUGUGUCAUUAAGCUCCUCAGCCUCCGCGAGCCAUGCGACAGUGGUGCCUUCCGCCCAUAGCUCCCAGCUCGGAACCUCUUCUGACGGGUGUACAGUCUCCCCAGCUGCCUGGCGCGCCGUUAGAUGCCAGGAUGGAGUACUGUGACGUGGAGCCUCGCUACACCAUCGAGCAGAUCGACCUGCUGCAGCGGCUGCGUCUGUCGGGGAUGUCCAAACCGCAGAUCGUCCACGCCCUCGAGUCCCUGGAGAGGCUGGACCCCAUUCCAAGCCCCGCCCCCACGACGGGCCCCGCCCCCACCCCUGCCAACGCCCAGUCCUCCUCCUCCCUCUCCUCCUCCUCGUCCCUCACCUCCGCCACUACUCAGACCCCCAGCCUGGACGCCUCGCCGUCACCUAGCAACAGCUAUGAGGCCUCCCCCCCGCCCCUCUACCCCGUCAGCGGAGGUCAGAGGUCGUUCUGUUAUGACCUGGCAGAGGAGGACUGGGACGUGGAGGAGAAAGUGGAGGAGUACAUGAGACGGGACAGCAACAUGGUGAAGGAGGAGAUCAAGGUGUUUCUGAACAACAGGAGGAUCUCGCAGGCGAUCGUUGGGCAGGUGACAGGGAUCAGUCAGAGCUACAUCUCCCAGUGGCUCCUGCAGCAGGGGCUGGAGAUGAGCGACUCCAAGCGCAGGGCCUUCUACCGUUGGUACCUGCUGGAGCGGAGCAGCCCAGGAGCCACGUUGUCACUGCGGCCUCUUGUGAAAGAGGAGCCGGACUGGAGGGCCAGCAUCAGCCCUGGGGGAGGCGGGGCCGUGCUGCCUGUGGGCGGGGCAGGAGUGGCACCUGUGGGCGGAGCCAUGAGGCUGCGCAGAGGCAGCCGCUUCACCUGGAGGAAGGAGUGCCUGUCAAUCAUGGAGGGCUUCUUCAUGGAGAACCAGUAUCCUGACGAAGCCAAGCGGGAGGAGAUCGCCAACGCUUGCAACUGCGUGAUCCAGAAGCCAGGGUGCAAGCUGUCCGAGUUUGAGCGUGUCACGGCACUGAAGGUGUACAACUGGUUCGCCAAUCGCAGGAAGGACAUGAAAAGGCGGGCUAACAUAGAGGCUGCUAUCCUGGAGAGCCACGGGAUUGAGGUGCAGAGCCCCAGCUGUCACUCAAACGGAGAGGAGGCGGAGCCUCCGGAGCUGACGGAGCAGAUGGGCGGAGAUCUCCGCCAGACCACCCUGUAUCAGGAGGAAGUGUGCACCAGGAAAGACCCUGAGCAGGACGUGACCUCACUGGCUGCCGUGGUGAUGACUCUCCCCAGCCCCACCCCACACCUGGCCAAUCAGAAGCCGGACGAACUGAAAACGGAAGCUGCCGACGAGGAGUGACGCAUGGGGGGCGGGGCUCGGGGGCGUGAAUGAAUCUGCCCGGCGGAGGCUGUGAUGCUGACGUCUCCAGGGAGAAGACUGUGGGACAGACAAUUACUCCAGGGAUUCCUAUGGUGCGCCCCCUAGUGGCAAGGAGGCAAUUGUACAUAUUUAUAAUAGUAACCCCAAUAGACAACUGUUGCAUAGUAAUCCACAUUUAGUGCACUCUGAUGAUAUAGUAACACAUGACUCCAGAUGGAAGGAUGGAAAAAUCACCCUUAAAGCCCUGAAAUUGAAGAGUGAAGAUUUCCCUCCCCCUACCUCAGCUAAAGACUUUUAUUUUGACCUGUUAUUACAUUAACAGCUUUAUUUAACUGAUUCAUGACAAACAUGGUCGUGGCCAGAUGACUGAAGUGAUGCAUUCUGGGAGAGAUGACCCUGCAGGACAGGAUUUAAAAGGAGCGAAAUGAAGUUGUUGUUUUUCUCUCUCUUGUGGGUGUGAGAGUUGAGAGAAUAUGUAUCAUAUGCAAUGGACUUUUCUCCCUGCAACUUUUAUGUUCUCAUUCCUAUAUACACCUGGACAUUGUGGUCAAAUGGAUCGACUAUCAAUAAAUGUAAGCGCUACUUGAAGAAAGUACUGAAUCUCUGGUAAACUGGUAAUCUCUAGAGCAGAAUAAAUUAUUAUCGUUGCUAUUU